CUUUCCUCCAUGACGUAUCGAGGUGGAGGAAAGGAAAAAUUAAAAUAGACAGCGACAGGAGGGGAGAGGCUGCGUCGCUCCAAACCGAAAGAUCUUCCCUGAGUGACCGUCUUGGGCAGCUUGGAGCUCCGCAGGAGACGCGGGGAGAAAGUAGGACCUUUUUUCGCAAGGCGUCGUGGGAAGCCGAGCGGCAUGCAGAGUGAGGACGCUCCUCUCGACGGAGGAUUUCAUCGAGCGAAACUUGUGGAUUUAUUUUCCGGGGAGGCUUUUUGAAGACUCACAGGGCGGACGUUCAAAGACGUUUUGAUCGUCUCUUUUACUGAAUCGUUCGUCGGAGAGGAAAGGCGGACACUUCCUCGCCUGUUGGCUAACAGUCGGUCUCUCCCGGGGAAAAUGGGUUCCGAAAAGGACUCGGAGUCGCCGCACUCCUCGCUGAGCGGCGUCCCCAACCCAAAGUGCCGUGCGGCCGGAAAGCGCCAGCGUCGCAUCUCCUUCCAGAGCCUCUUCAACGGCAAGCGGGGCUCCCGAGGCACCAGGGGCCCCAAGGGGGGGGCCGCCACCACGACCCCUCUGUCCCACCAUCUCUACACGUCGCAGCAGCAGCAGCUUCUACCGUCCGCCUUGAGCCCGCCGCCGGUUCCGGCCACACCCACCACCACCCCCACAACCGCUGGAGCUCCCCAGGAAGGCGCCAGCAGUACCCCUUCCAGGCAACUCUCCUCCAGCCAGCCGUCCCUGAGCGGCGAGUCUGAGUCGGGGGAGGCCGACCUCCUGGAGUGCCCCCUGUGCCUGGUGCGCCAGCCCGCCGACCAGCUCCCCGAGCUGCUGGGCUGCAGCCACCGAUCCUGCCUGUGCUGCCUGCGCCAGUACCUCCGCAUCGAGAUCACGGAGAGCCGGGUCCAGCUCAGCUGCCCCGAGUGCGCCGAGCGCCUGGUGCCCAGGCAGGUGGCCGACAUCCUGGAUGACGCCGCCCUGCUGGACAAGUACGAGGAGUUCCUUCUGCGGCGCUGCCUCGCCUCCGAUCCCGACUGCAGAUGGUGUCCGGCGCCGGACUGCGGGUUCGCCGUCAUCGCCUCGGGCUGCGCCAGCUGUCCCCGGCUGGUGUGCCGCAGAGAGGGCUGCGGUGCCGAGUUCUGCUACCACUGCAAGCAGGCCUGGCACCCCAACCAGACCUGCGACUCGGCGCGCCAGCAGAGGGCGCAGUCCCUGCACACGCACAGCAACCAUUCGCCCAGCUACACGCAAGAGCAGGGCGCCGCUGACGACAUCAAGCCAUGCCCCCGCUGCGGCGCCUACAUCAUCAAGAUGAACGACGGCAGCUGCAAUCACAUGACGUGCGCCGUGUGCGGCUGCGAGUUCUGCUGGCUGUGCAUGAAGGAGAUCUCCGACCUGCAUUACCUCAGUCCGUCCGGCUGCACCUUCUGGGGCAAGAAGCCGUGGAGCAGGAAGAAGAAGAUCCUGUGGCAGCUCGGGACCCUCAUCGGCGCCCCGGUGGGCAUCACGCUCAUCGCGGGCAUCGCCGUCCCCGCCAUGGUCAUCGGCAUCCCUGUUUAUGUCGGCCGCAAGAUCCAUGCUCACUACGAGCUGAAGAAAGCGUCUCGCCACAGGAGGAACUUGGCCAUCACGGCGGGCGUGGCCUUGUCCGUCCUCUCCGCUCCCGUCAUCGCGGCCGUCAGCGUGGGCAUCGGCGUGCCCAUCAUGCUGGCGUACGUUUACGGCGUGGUGCCUAUCUCCCUGUGCCGGGGCGGCGGCUGCGGCGUGAGCAGGGGGAAGGGGCGGGGCGUCCGCAUCGACUUUGACGAGGACGACGGACCAAUCACAGGGACGCUUUCCACUUCCGCAGUGGCGGACGCGUGGCGAGCCCUCAAGUCGCCGAGCCUCGGCGAGAGCAGCCUGGACGGGGGGGUUAGCGGCCUGAGCACCACCUCGCCCAGCGAGGGCCUCUCUGUGGUCCCGGGCACCGUCGGGGACACGCCUCACUUCAACACCCUGGCCAGCGGCGCCCUGGGGACCCGCACCGGCAAGUACAGCAGGCUCGAGGUCCAGGCGGGCGAGUUGGCUAAAGAGUCCGCCCAGAAGGAGACGGGGAGCCUGGGGGCAGGAAGUGACUGUGCCAGCACCCGAGGGAUGGCCGGGUCCAUCAUCUCCUCCUACACGCUGCCUGACAGGGAGUGCACCAACCUGGAAAUCCAGGUGGACAUCGAGACCAAACCCAGCCACCUCUGCCUGACCAGCGAGGAGGACCUGGCGCCGCCCGCCGGCUCCGUCGCCACGCCGGCCGCCUCGGCAGGGGAGGAACCCCAGGACUGCAGCUCGAGAAGGGGCGGGGCUCUGUCCGGCUCCGCCCUGGAGCUGUCCCGCGGCGGCUCAAUCCGGGAGGGCCUCCGAGACGUGACGCUGGCCCAGCCCGAGAGCAUCCGCAGCGACCUGGAGAUGUCGGACACGCAGUCGGACGACAUCGCCGAGCUGACGUCGGACGACUGCGACUCGCCCCGGCCCAAAGUCUGCGCGCCCUGCCAGCAGCGGCCCCCCUCCUGCCGAGCCCUGAGCCCCGCCACCGAAGGCCUUCACUGUCCCACCGAUGGCAACGUCAUCCUGUACGUGUGAGAGGUGAGAGGCCCACCCGGCUCUCAGGAACGCCACCUCUACUCUUCUUUACUCUCAUUCGCUGCUUUUUGGCCUCCUGCAGACGCCACCUUGUGUCCGUCUACCUGACAAUCUGGGGACAUUGUCAGAGUUCUACCUCUGAGAUUUGUAAGACCGGGACUCAUGUUUACUCGCCUGGCGCAACAUGCCUAAGCUACUUAAAAAAAGAAAAAGAAAAAAAAAAGGGAGGUCCACGUUUUACACGAGCAAACCAGGAGAGGCGGCAGAUCAAAUGACGCGAGAAUGAUGGCCUUUGUGUGCGUGGUGGGUCUUUUUAUAUGGAGCUCAAUUUGCGCACUACAUUUGAAUUUUGUUUUUCAUCCAAUUAUGCCGACAAUUUCAUCACAUUUUAUUCUCUUUAGUUCCGUAAUGGAAUAUAAUUUUGUACAAGUGGAUCUUGAGUUUUGAGGCAACCGAUAUUUUGUUUUUACUCUGAAUUUUGACAAAAUUAAACAAUUUCAUGGACUUAAAAAAAUAGUCAGCAAAAACAGAGUGUUUAAAAAAUCACUUAAAAUUAAUCGUACGAAAAUUCAGCGCGGAAACCUUUGUUGCUGCAAAACUCUAGACCAGGGGUCCCCAAACGUCUUGACUCGGGGGGCUGCGUUGGGUUAAAAAGAAAACACACAGAGGCUAUUUCAUCCUGACAAGCCUGUUUCUCACCCCGGUGGGGUGGUAUCUGUGUCAUCCUCAAGCCAGGGUCCUCUACCAGAGGCCUGGGAGUUUGAGGGUUCUGUGCAGUAUCUUGGCUGUUCCUAGGACUGAGGCUUCAGAUGUUGUUCCUGGGAUCUGUUAGAGCCACUCUCCCAGUUUGGGGGUUGCUGCCCCACGCGCCCCCACUACCACGGGGAUCACGCCAGCCUUGACCUUCCACAUCCGUUCCAGCUGCUCUUUCAACCCUUGGUCCUUCUCAAGUUCCUUGUGUUCUUUCUUUCUGAUGUUGCCACCCUUUGCUGCUCUUUGUCCACCACCACUAUGUCUGGUUGGUUAGCCAGAAGCUGUUUGUCAGUCUGGAAGCUGAAGUCCCGCAGAACCUUGGACCUGUUCUCAGCCCAUUGAGCUUUGGGUACUUCUAUUCCAUACUGGUUGCAGAUGUUCCUGUUUACUAUCCCAGCCACUUGGUUGUGCCUCUCCAUGUACGCUGAUCCAGCUAGCAUCUUACAGCCUGGUACUAUAUGCUGGACUGUCUCAGGGGCUUCUUUGCACAGUCUGCAUCUUGGGUCUGAUCUACUCUGGUAGAUCCUGGCCUGUAUUGCUCUUGUGCUUAUGGCCUGUUCUCGUGCUGCCAUGAUAAGUGCCUCUGUGCUGUCUGCCAGUCCUGCAUUUUCCAGCCACUGGUAGGAUUUCUUGAUAUCAGCCACUUCCUCUAUCUGACGCUGGUACGUGCCAUGCAGGGGCUUGUCCGUCCAGGUUAUCUGCUCCUCCUCCUCUGCACUCUCAUCAGGGUUCUGGAGCCUGAGACAUCCACUUAGCAGUUUAUCUCGAUGUAUUCUCGAAUUUUCGAUGUUUCAUCCUGGACUGUGGCCUUGAUGCUCACUAGCUCUCGGUCUCCUUCAAGUCCAGCCUCAGGGUGCUGGACUUGGGGUGGAACCCUCCGUGCAUCGCACGGAGCUUUCUUGUCUUGAUAUCUGUGGCUUCUAUCUCCUGCUUUGGCCCGUUUAUGAUACCAGCGGGGUAUCUGAUGACUGGUAGAAUGGGGCGGACUUUGUUCUUACCAGUCAGCUGACUUUUCAGGACUUGCCUUACUCUCUGGAGGUAUUUGGCUGUGGUUGACUUCCUUGUGGCCUCCUCAUGGUUUCCAUUAGCCUGUGGGAUGCCAAGGUACAUGUAGCUGUCUUGGAUAUCACCUAUGUUUCCCUCUGGUAGGUCAGUCCCCUCAGUCCUGAUCAUCUUGCCUCUCUUUGAGACCAUCCGGCCACACUUGUCCAAUCCGAUUGACAUCCGUAUGUCAUCGCUGUGGAUCAGUGAGUCUAUUUCUCGCUCUCGCCCGGCAUACAGCUUGAUGUCAUCCAUUUAGAGCAGGUGGCUGAAUGUUGCCCCACCACAGAAUCGGUACCCAGAUCAGAAUGAUCUGACUGAGGGGGUUCAGGCCUUUGUAGAACAGCACUGGUGAUAGCGCAUCUCCUUGGUAUUGGCCGGACUUGAUGUUGACUUGAGCAAUCGGCUUUGAAUUGGCCUCUAGGGUUGUCUUCCACAUUUCAAUCGAGUUCUAGGUGAAGGCCCUUAGGUUCCUGUCGAUCUUAUACAGUUCCAGACAUUCCAGUAUCCAUGUGUGCGGCAUUGAGUCAUAGGCUUUCUUGUAGUUAAUCCAGGCAGUGCACAGAUUGGUCUGGGUCUUCUUAUGAGGACGACAACCCUAGAGGCCGGUUCAGAGCCGGUUGCACACACACACACACACAUAUAUAUAUAUAUGUGUGUGUGUGUGUGUGUGUGUGUGUGUGUGUUAGGUCAGGAAAAAACAGAGGGCAUUUUAUCCCUACAAGCCCUGCUCUUCAGGGAAAAAUUCCCUGAAGAGCAGGGAAACCUGCGAAACAGGCUUGUAGGGAUGGAAUAGCCUCUGUGUUUUUUCCUAACCUAGCGUAUAUUCCGCUCUACCCCGGUAUUGAGCACUGUAUCCAUCCACCCUUUUUUACCGCUUGUCCCUUUUUGGGUCGUGGGGGCGCUGGUGCCUAUCUCGGCUACAGUCGGGCGGAAGGCGCCCUGGACAAUGACGGAUAAACCACAGAAACCUCGACUAUAAUAUAUAAUGGUGUGUAUAUAUAUAUAUAUAUAUAUAUAUAUAUAUAUAUAUAUAUAUAUAUAGACACAUACAUACUGGUGUGUGUGUAUAUAUAAAUAUAUAUGUAUAAAUGUAUGUAUAUAUAUAUAUGUAUACAUAUGUGUGUAUAUUAUAUAUAUAUGUGUGUAUAUGUACAUAUGUAUAUAUAUAUGUGUAUAUAUAUGUAUAUAUAUAUGUAUAUGUGUAUAUGUAUAUAUAUAUGUGUAUAUAUAUGUAUAUAUAUAUAUAUAUGUAUAUGUGUAUAUGUAUAUAUAUAUGUGUAUAUAUAUGUAUAUAUAUAUAUGUAUAUGUAUAUAUAUAUAUAUAUAUACACAUGUGUAUAUAUAAUGUCUGUGUGUGUGUGUUUAUAUAUAUAUGUAUAUGUAUGUAUAUAUACACGUGUGUGUGUGUGUACACACACAGAUAUACACACAUGUUUUUUUUUUUUUUUUACUUGGGACUUCCCGCAGGUUGGAUUUUGGACACUGGCGGGCUGUAUCCGGCCUACAGGCCGUAGUUAGGGGACCCCUGCUCCACACCCGCUUCCGGUAAAUUAAAUGAAAUUAAAAUGUCAUGAAAUUGUCUGCAUAAUUUAAUGUUAAAAAAAAGAAAAAAAAAGUGGUAACAUAAGUUCAGUGUCAAAAAAAAACUAAAGCUAAAGACACAAAAUAACCUCCAUAUCUGUUUGCCGUGCGGGAGCUUUACAGGAUUACGUGCAUGUUCAAGUUGACAGAAAACCGGCAGGGGGGUAAGCAAAACUAUCACUCGUUAGGGUGACGAAUCAAUUCAGAAUCAAUUCUCGAGUCAAACCGAUUCCCGCAAUGUAUUUUAUGGUCAAAUAAUUAUACGCUAAUUAUAAGCUUCUUCUGGUUGAUUGGAUAUUGGCCUAAAAGUUUUUGUUUUUAUUACAUUUUUAAAAUAGAUGACUCGAUUUAGAAUCGGGAUGAAUAACAAUCGCGAUUCAGAUGUGAAUUGAUUUUUCCCCCCACCGCUGGGAGAGAUUAAUGGACAUUUACAGCAUUUAUCAUACUUUCUCAUUGAAAAUGGAUCUGAUCGGAUUUUUUUUUUUAAUGCGCACUUAUGCACUUUACUUAAAUGUAUCUUUUUUUUUUGGGAGGGGGGGGGCUCAUCAUAAUCAUCUACAUCAUCAUCAUCAUCAUUUGCAUACAACCAAAAACAAGUCUCACACCACGAUGCCUUUUUGUGUUGGGAGUGUUUGGCUCCACAACAACAAUACAAUCCAUUCUGGAUCUGAUUGACACGUCUAUGAUGCUUUAAACCGAUGUGGUUUUGGAGCCAAGCACUGCUCUUAAUCAUUCUCACCGGCCCGACUUGUUUCCGUCACCUCUGUGCUUGGCUUAAAAAACAAAAAAACACAAAAACAAAAAAUGGGUUUCCUUUAAACGGAAACCGUCUUCACGUCAACUUGGUUGCCUUUUUUAUAGCCGCUUGUUUACUUUGCUGCACUGGUCCCCUCCGCUUCUGCUUCUGCCUGCGAUUAACCACUCCGAUGUGCCGUGGACCGGAAGGGUCUCGGACGGAACGAGAGUGUCAAGAUAGCAAUAUAUGGGUGUGACUCACUGUCAAAAAGACUGGUGUGAGGACGCACACGCGGGACUGUGGGUUACAAUUUGCGGGAGGAGGGGGGAAAUAAACACAAUCCGAUGUUUACCGAA